AUGAGGUCCCUGCUGGUCCUGUUCUUGAGCUACUUUGGUCUCGGCGCGUCAUUGGCUAUUGCGACUGAUUCCUUCAACCAAGAUGGACCUGUUAAUGAUACGCGUCUAUCAAACUCUCACGUGGAAAGAGUCCAUGCCACCGCUCCAGACGACAAUAGCCCUAAAGAGUUUCUACUCCUAUUGAACCCAUUCCAUCCCUUGAAGGAUGCUGCGCGGGAGAUUGAACCGUUAUACAUCACUCCUUUUGGUAUAUCCAGCGCCUGCCAGUAUGCAACCGAGUUCCGACUCAUCGGCGACCAGCUGCAUACAGGCAAACAUAUAGUUUCCACCGAGCCCGGCAUACAGCGUCAGCCACUAUUAGGGGGGUCCUCGAAUGGAACUAUCAGCGGCGGGUUUUUCCAGGAUGGCGAUGAAUUGCAAUGGCUCAGUUCGGACUUUGCAUCUCCCACGGCUCUCUUUUGCCUGUCCAGUUCAAACGUUGUUUUUGCCGUCUUCGAUACCUCUAGGCUAUCCAACGAAUGCAUCCGAAUUCACCUUGAACUGGUUCCCCUGUCUCGAUGCUUGCAGAAACGUCCAAUUACCACCGCCUCUGCAUCACAGACACCGCUAGGGGCUAGAGAUGCGAAGCCAUCAGCUCAUAUCAUCACUCCUUCCUUGGAGGCUCGCGAUGUAGAGAGCAAUAGUUGCUCAGACUUUCGUGGAGCCUAUGUUCUUAUUCCUGUCGGGUCGUCAGGGGAGUUAGGACUCCCCGGUCCCGCUGGUCCGCCAUUCAAUAAAUACGGAAGUCCAACCAGUCUGGGCAACUCUGGCUCUCCAGCUGGAAGUUCAAAGGCGCCAGAGCCAGCAGAAUCUCCUGUGAGACAAGGCCAAUCGGCAAUUCCUAGUUCAAGGGAGCAAGUCGCCAAGUCUGGGAGCCCUGGUUCACCAGAUUUCUCCAGGUUAUCGACGUUACAAGGAACUUCAACAUCGGAAAACGUGAACCGGGCACGAAUGGCCGAAACGGCGAGCCUGGCACAAAUGGAAGGGACGGGCAACAAGGACCACAAGGCCUACAAGGAGCAGCAGGGCAACCAGGAGUACCUGGAGUACCAGGAGUACCAGGAGUGUCAGGGCAACCAGGACCACAAGGCCUACAAGGAGCACCGGGGCCAGCAGGCUUACAAGGUGCCCCAGGAGCAAAAGGAGACCAAGGCGGCCCGGGACCACAGGGCCAGCAAGGCGAGAAGGGAGACCAAGGGAUUCCAGGGUCCCAAGGUCUCCAAGGCCUACAAGGACUGCAGGGUGAGCAGGGCUUGCAAGGUUUGCAAGGUGUCCCAGGUGAGAAGGGAGAUCAAGGCGAUCCGGGACUACAAGGUUCACAAGGUCUUCAAGGCGAACCAGGAAUACAAGGCCAGCAAGGCGAGAAAGGCGAUCAAGGAGAACCUGGAUCACAAGGCUUACCAGGUGAAACGGGUCCACAAGGUUUGCAAGGCGUCCCAGGCGAGAAGGGAGAUCAAGGCGAUCCAGGACUACAAGGUUUACAAGGUCUUCAAGGCGAGUCAGGACCAGAAGGCCAACAAGGCGAGAAAGGCGAUCAAGGAGAACCUGGAUCACAAGGCCUACCAGGUGAAUCAGGACCACAAGGCCUCCAGGGUUUGCAGGGCUUGCAGGGAGACGCUGGACCACAAGGGCCUCAAGGUAUACCAGGUAUUCAGGGGCAACAAGGCGUGCAAGGCCCUCAAGGACCGCAAGGUGAUUCAGCCGGAUACACAACAAACUAUGGCUAUCUCGGUUGUUACCUUGCUAACCAAGAUGAAAACUACGGGCUAG